AUUUUCUAAAUUUCUGGUACUGCAGUAAACGACGACGUUCCGAAGCAAUCAAUUUGACAAAAAAAUCUAGCGAACUGAUCGUAUUCGUCCAUCAACGGCGACGGCGACGGCGACGAUGACCGAUAGUUGCCGCCGAGCUCUAGUGGAAGCUAUACAUUCGUCUCCUACUCAAGCUGUUAUUUAUCUUUCCGGCGGAGCCUCUCAGGCGCUGGGGUGGUUGAUGUCAGUUCCGGGAGCAUCGAACACUGUGCUUGAAUCUGUAGUUACAUAUUCCAGAAUGUCUAUGAUUCAAUUACUUGGCAAGGUUCCUGCUCAAGCUGCUAGUUCGCAAACGGCGGAGGAAAUGGCAUUGUUGGCUUACAAUAGAGCAUUAAAGCUUUCUAAACCAGGUUCACCAGUUCUAGGUGUGGGUUUUACUGGUGCCUUGGCUAGUGCACAACCAAAACGUGGAGAUCAUAGGUUUCACGUGUCAACCAGAACAUCUGACCGGUUUUGGACCUCGACAGUUACUUUGACUAAGGGUCUGCGAACUCGUGAGCAGGAAGAUGGAGUUUCGAGUCAAUACUUAAUCAAGGCAAUUGCGAAUGCUAGCAAGGUUCCAGGAACUUUUGUUCCAGACUUGACUGAAUCAGAAGUUCCAGAUGAAUAUGAAAAGAAUUUUGAUGAAGAGGAAGAGCUAAAGCAACUUCUCAGUGGGAUUAUAUGCUUCAAAGUGUAUCCUUUCUCAAGUGACUCGUCUAAUGUAGAGAGGAAAAUAAUCCUGUCUGGUUCCUUUAAUCCAUUGCAUGAUGGUCACCUUAAGCUCUUGGAAAUUGCAACCAGUAUAUGCGGUGGUGGAUAUCCAUGUUUUGAGUUGUCAGCUGUCAAUGCAGACAAACCUCCAUUGGAAAUACCUCAAAUCAAUGAUCGUGUGAAACAAUUUGAAAAAGUUGGAAAGACAGUCAUAGUAUCUAACCAGCCAUAUUUUUACAAGAAAGCAGAACUUUUUCCUGGAAGUGCUUUUGUCAUUGGUGCAGACACAGUUGCAAGACUUGUGCAUCCAAAGUACUAUGGUAAUGACUAUGGGAAGAUGUUGGAGAUACUUCUGGGAUGUAAAAACACGGGAUGUACUUUCCUAGUGGGUGGUCGGAAUGUUAAUGGAAUUUUCAAGGUUCUUGAGGAUUUCGACAUCCCAGCAGAGCUAAAAGACAUGUUUGUGCCUAUACCAGUCGAGAAAUUCCGUAUGGAUAUGUCAUCCACUGAAAUUCGAAAGACUCAAGGACUCUUGUAAACCCAUUUGCAUUAUUUUCACUCAGGUAUCUGCAUUGGUUCCGUUUAAACAAUUACUUCUAUCUAUGUAACAUGAAAAUAAGCGCCAAAAAGAAAAAAAAAACGAAAGCUUAUCCAUUUUCAUCGUUUGCUCUUUCCAGUCUCAACAGAACUGAGAAUGUGUGGAAUUGUUGUUCUCUGAUUUGAGUUUCCUUACUAACAUAUGUAUAUUAAACAAUUCUUGGUUUUAAACAUAAUCAGAUUCUGUCGAUUUUAUACCCA